UUUACCACAGGCGUCAGCACCACAAGCAUGUGGUAUUAUCUGUGUAUGAGGAUAACUAAAGUUACUGACAAUUCAUUUUAUUAUUACUUAUUAGCAGAUAUAAACACUAAUACCAUUCCGAAUGUAAGAGCUAUCUCGUCAACAACAAAUCCAACUGACGCCAGGAACCUUCCAACGUGUACUUUCUGUCAGGACAGAACUUCGGAUGCAUCUUUUCUUCGGAGAUCGACAGUUACCUCUGUGCCACCAGUGACAGCAGUUCCAGUUUGUUUACCGUGUACAAAGACACAGGCAGAGUGUGAUGCCACCACAGUUGCCCCAGCAGUGACAAGUAUGGCGACAUCUACAAGUUCACCAACUGUAGCCAGUGUUACAGACAGAGUUUUGCCAAUAGCUACUAGCUCGCAAGUUUCACGACAGGCCGUAGCAGGCGUGGCAAAUGUAGCAGGCGCAUCAGACUCGGGGUUCAUUUUUGUGGAUACAAUCGUGUUAUUUGCAGCGAUUGUAGGCAUUCAGGCCAUAGUCAAUUAUUUUAGUUCGGUGGAGCCAGGUUAUGAACUAGUGCAAUUUGUCGAUUCAACUGUUUAGUAUCAGGAACUUAUAUACUGGCCACUUCAUGUGAUCUGUUUUUACAAUAAAUCACCGAUUCAGUGCCUUUGUUUUUCUUAUUUACUGACGUUGCAAUAGAGGGAAAAAAGUAGUAUUACAUUUCCCCGGCCUCAGGUGAGCUUUUCGAGUACCCUAGGCGGGUGAAGGAAGUCAACUUAGGGGCGCUGUGAUUAGAUGUAUGGGAACAAUAUAUAUAUAUUUUUUAUUUAUUUAUGAAUAACUACAGUGUGUAAAUUUACAAUAUAAAUUUUGAAACUCAUUGAAAUAUUUUCUUGAGAAUUAUUCGAAAAGGCUUCAAAAUUUUCAUAAAUUUGAUGUAAAAUGACGGUGGGCAUGGAUACCAUAAACAAGCUCCGUUCGAAGAUGGUCAUGAUACUAUUAGGCUUCAUUUGUAAAACAGAAUGAUAAAGUUCUAAUAUCACACAUAACUUUUUUGUCCAGGUUUUUAUUAUAAAAAGUGGUAAUUGAGAAAAUGUUAGUAUUGUCGACUUUGGAAGAAACAAAUCUACCGCUUUCCUAGGAGGAAUUUGGAGCGGAGGAGAUAUCAAUGGAUACGAUUGCACGCUUUCCUAGGAGGAAGGUGAAGCGGAGGAGAUACGAUUGCAUUUUUGUCGUGAAUUAUUGAUUACUUCUAAAAGUUAUACGUGAGUGUAUUGUAUAAUGUAACUAUGAAAAUUGUUAUAUUUUAUCUAUGUUAUUGAAGUAUGAUGCGCAUUAUAUCGUGUUGAUUCUUCCUCUCAAAUAGAUUUUGUUUU